AUCGCCAAGCAAGCUGCGACGUCAUUGAACACGCCAUGCAGGCUUGUAGCUGUAUAAACAUCCAGUGAUACAGGGUAUAACACUGGAACAGACUGGAUUCUGUGGCCGUCUUCCCGGUCAGAGGAAAUCAACGCAGGCAGUGGUGCCUGGUCAAGCAUUUUGCUUCUGACCACAACACGCCCCGAUUCUCAGUAUGUCUCCUCGUGUUUUGAUGGUCGUUGUCUUUGGAUUGUUGCAAGCUGCAAGAGGUAACGAAUAUACAACCAAUGACACGCUCGCUCACAUUGAUACCCAGACGAAGCUCUACCACAAGCUUAUGGAUGGCUAUGAAGAGCAUGUGCGGCCCGCCGCCAAUCAAUCGAGUCCGGUUUUAGUAGGAUUCGGUCUUAGCCUCUUGAGGCUAGUGGAUCUAAACGAGCACCUCCAGGAAUUGGUACUUGACGUAAUGCUUAGAAAGACGUGGGCUGAUCCCCGGCUGGCUUGGGAACCCGACGACUUUGACGGCAUCGAACAGAUGAGAGUGCCCGUACAGAAAUUAUGGAAGCCAGAUAUUGUCCUUUACAACAACGCUGCGGAUGACUACAGCCUGAUGUACGACCCCUUCGCCACGGUGUACCACACAGGGGUCAUCAACUGGAUACCAAAGGCUUUGAUCAGGAGUCAUUGUGCUAUGGACAUGACCAAUUUCCCUUUUGACGUCCAGCAGUGUUACCUGAUGUUCGGGACGUGGGCUUACACAGGCAAGGAAGUCAACUUGACCUACAACCCAACGCGGGAGGAAUCCGUGGACGUGGAGGACUAUACCUACAGUAAAGAAUGGCAGUUCAUCGACCAUUCCUGGACCAUCAACAAUAAGAAGUACAGCUGCUGUGUGGAAACUUUCCCAGACUUCAGCAUACAGAUGGUCUUCAAACGUAACCCGACAUUUUACACACAUAUGUACCUGAUGCCGGCCCUCUUGCUCGCCUUCAUUGCACCGUGUGUCUUCAUCCUACCACCGGAGUCCAAAGAGAAAGUCACACUGGGAGGAAUUAUCCUUCUUUGUCUUACUGUUUCCAUGACGUCACUGGAAGAAAUUCUGCCGAGUGAACAGUUCAACAUGCCUAUCAUCGCCCUGUACGAGGCCAUCACUAUGGUUCUAGUGGCCGUGUCCAUUAUCCUGUGCGUAAUCAUCACCAAUCUGCACAGCCGGGGACCACGGAAGAAGAAGGUACCUAACAUUAUUCGACAGAUAUUCCUUCAAGGCCUAAAGCGAGUCGCAUGUUUUGGAGAGGACACAUAUUACCCUCUGGAUGAAAUGGAGACGAUAAGCAUGCGCGGAUUGGACCGUCACAUGACGGAGGCAGAAUCCAAUCAGAAGGCCAGCGAGACGUCCUCCUCCUCCAAAAUGGAAAAGGACGUGGAACAAAUCCUCAAGCACAUGCGUGGGGUUGCCAUCCGCAAUUCGGUUUCCGAUGCGCGUGCGGACAUACGAAGCGAGUGGCAGCUGGUUGCUAUGGUAAUUGACCGGCUGCUGUUUGGGCUGUACGUGUUGAUGAUAUUCAUCACGACAGUUGGUGUUUUUGCUUAACUUUUCAAGACAUUGAACACAAGGUGAACUGUUGUUAUUUUGUCUGUGGUGGACACGAUAAUCCUAUUACCAUUUGUACUGAUGAACUUGUUCUCUAAUACGGAAUAGUGAAUGACCAUGCCAAAACUGCCUGAGUACUCGCGACAACUGAUGAGAAUAGUAGUUGGAAGGCUUUCGGUACAUGUUCUUCAGGGGACUCCUCUCCUGACAACUAUUCCCAAGAAAAGAGCCCUGGGGAAUUGUCAGACCCAGUUGUAAUGACUUCCAGGAGAUACUUCCCCCCAAAUCAAUUUGAGUUUUCCACGCAGACAGUUAUCAAUUACUUACGCCCGCAAGCUUGUGCACAUUUUACAGAAUUUCCUAUUCAAAUCCUAGGCGGCGUGUCAUCAACCAAUCAGAUCGAUCAGUAUUUAAACAUUGCCGAAAAGUCAGUUUGAUGGUGAGUGGAGACGCCAUGGAGUUGUUCCAAAACAGCUUCAAAUUACAUGCGGCUUUCCACAUCGACCCAGUCGAGCAGGGAGUGAAAACUAACUGUCUACAAGCGAAGACGUUGCACGUAUGCUUUCCCGACAGCCUCCAGAUACGGAUACAUGGACUGGCGGUAAUGCAAGGCUCAGCGGAUAGAUUUGAGCACGUCUGAAGAUGGACGCAUUGCACUGGAGACAAUUUACAAAACACUAUGAGAUUUCCCUAGGAUAAAUUGUUUGAACAGCCUUAACCCACUGUCAAGAAAUGAGUACGUAAGACGAGACAAAUGGUUUUAUUGUGUUCGAUGUUCAGUAUCACCUAUGUCGUCGAUGGGCUAUUCCACAUUUGUGCUAGAAAUUUUGACAAAGGAAAAAGACAUAAUCGUUCUGACAUUUUAAGAAAUUAAAAACAGACUAGUUUUUAUAAAGAUCACUUCGUAUCUAUUGUUUGAAUUAAUGAUUGCCUUUAUAGUCAAGGAACAUAUUGACCUUAAAAAUAUCCAUUUUAUUAAGGAAAAAUUAAGGAUGAAGUUAUGAUGAAUUGUAAUUAAAUAUUAAAGAUAGAGUACUGAGGCGUAUGAAUUGUUUUGUGUUAUGUGGGUAUAUUUCUGUUCAACAGCUUCCACUUUUAAUUAGGUGCUCAGUUUAGAAGCCCUUUACUCCAAAACGCUGACUUCACCUGCCAUGUAAUUGUCUCGUGUCUUCCAGAUUAUCCUUAAUGCUUAUGAUAAACAAUGGCGAUAAGCCCGGAACUACGG